AUGCUCAAAGGGCACAUACGAACCCAAUUUAAAACCCGUGGUCUCAUCUUAAGAAUACUUAUCGAAAACGUGGCGAUAUUAAUAAAGGGAAAAAUAAUUGUUUUUAAUGAAUGGAAAUGGAGGGAAAAAAUAUCAAAAAUAGCGGUAACAGGACGCUAA